AUGGCUGAAGUUCAAGCAUCUGUGAUUCCUCCCUCAAUGCAGGAAAGUUCAGGUACUGCACGAAAGAAGUUUGCGACACCGCCUGUGAAAAUCGCCUGUCUUGCAUGCCGCGCUUCGAGGACGAGGUGUACAGGAGAGAAUCCUUGCGCAAGUUGUAAAAGUCGUGAUCGCGAGUGCCUCUACAAGCCAAGCCGCCGAGGCGGUCCUCGAGUUCGGAAACGACUACAUAUAUCUGAGGACAAUCAUGAAUCUAUUUCCAAUGAUACCGUCCCACUCGCGGACGCGUCCGCCUCCCCUAGUCUUCUGGUUGAGAACUACAUCAACCCUGGGGCUGGCUUGAAGAAUCUGACCGAGGUCAUCAAUGACAGCGACACCCUGUUUGACAGCCUUUUCAGCAACACAUCAACUUUCGCAGCAAGCAAUUCACCACCAGUGAAUGGAUCCGGCCCUAUGGCCAGGUCGUAUGCAAGUGACUUCGCAAUACUCAAUGCAUAUUAUAUAUGGAUUCAUCCAUACUUCCCAAUACUGCCACCUCCAGACGUCCCACUUUUGCCUGAUGCGGCGGAUCCUUUGUUCGAAACCAGGCCGAUAGAUAUUGAUGAGUCGUCUUCGCCUGCAGCACUCGCCAUCUCAGCAAUAUUGGCGCUCAUCCCUUGCGCACAGGACCCAAGCCCUUUUGCUGAGGAGUCCAUUCUAUUCCGUCGAAAAUAUGCUCAGUUCCUAGCACAAUCAGCAUUUGAAAGUGUUGAGACAGAGAGUGAGCAUCCGGAUUCCGCUGUCGAACCAUCAAGAGCCUUAGAGGAUUCUGAUGACGAGGUUCAUCGCCAAGCAUUUCAUCAGCGUGUUCCGGUGCAGCUUGAAAGUAUCAUCGCGCUGAAUCUUCUAAGUGUAUAUGAAUACGCCCAGCGCGGUAACUUGAAGCGGAUGCGAACAAGGGCCAAUGCCGCCUUAAUGGCAGCCAUGAGUAUGUCGCUACACACACUCACACAAGAGGAAGAUAACUUCUCGGACGCAAGACGGCGUGCAUGGUGGAUGACAUAUAUAUCUGUUUGUCAAAGCUCAAUUGUCUCCAACAUGAAACCUGCUUUCGACGUAUUUGUACCGUCUUUCACAGCGAAGAUGCCGGUUAUAGAAGCUGACGCAGAGGCCUGGCCUCUCUACAUCAAAUCGCAGCAAGCUAUCCUUGCAGCAACCCAAUUUGUCAUCGAGCUGAAUGACACAAUGAAGUCCCAUUCUGAUAUGAGCACUCGGUUCAGUGCACGUAUUAAGGUUCAUCGAUAUUGCGCAUUCUUUGACCUGCCAGUUUUUGCGCGAAAGAAUUGUGAUCUAAGGCCUUUGCAGGAGAAGGGCAAGAUUGAUGCUCAAGAGCUAACUCACUGGCCAUCGUGCUGUAGUACUCUCGUCAACGGGCAAUCUGUACAUUCGAGUCAUUCUAGUGGAUCAUCACCCCCCACCCUUUCAAUGCAUUCGUCUCCCUCAGACGGCGGCCAGUCAUACCAGUCCCCCUUGACACCGAUAUUUCCUUUCAGCAGUCAUCAAUCAGCUAAGAUAUGUCUUAAAUCCGCUUUGAAUAUCGCACAAGCCUUCGAUUUGCUACCAUAUCCCAACCCGACUACUCAGGUAUCGGCUGGGCCUUCCUACAUUGGUCCAUUCUCAAGUAUUAUUGCGCCUAGGACGAUGCCAUCUUUCGCAUGUUGCGCUAUGCAAUGUGCUUAUGUGCUACUCAUGGUCCACGAUAAAACGCAAACAAUGUACUCCGGCUGGAACGGCGACACAGGAUCGUUGGCGAACAACCUUCUUGGGCGUCUGCAGCAGGGUAUCCUAUCGAUCCUAGGUACCUUGGAGAACUAUGGCACUGCUUUCGAGGCUUUGAGUGGCAUGAGAGAUCAGAUUCGCGACAAGUUUUCAUGA